AUGGCGGAGAGGGAGCGAGAGUACGAGGAGGGGAACGAGGCUCUUGACCCGGAGCUUCUCUACACGAAGGAGUACUGCAUUGGCGGUGGAAGCUUUGGCAAAGUCUACAAAGGGGUCGACAAGCGAACCGGUCAGGCCGUCGCGAUCAAAGUCAUUGACAUCGAGAGCGCCGAAGACGAAGUCGAGGAUAUUAUCCAGGAAAUUGCUAUCCUCUCCGAGCUUCAGUCGCCCUACGUAACUAAGUACUACGGCUCUUACGCCAAGGGCGCCGAGCUAUGGAUCGUCAUGGAGUUUUGUUCUGGAGGUAGCUGUGCCGACCUCAUGAAGCCAGGCUUGAUUGGAGAGGACUAUAUUGCCAUAAUUCUCAGGGAGCUAUUGUUGGGUCUCGAUUAUCUUCACUCCGACAAGAAGCUUCACCGAGACGUUAAGGGUACGCCGCUUCCUACGCUUCGGUUCUUCCUCCAACCAACACGUAUUUUUGAGAUUGACGGUCUGGUACUAACUCCGAUAUCCCUAGCGGCGAACGUGCUCCUGAGCUCUAACGGACAAGUCAAGCUGGCUGAUUUCGGUGUGUCUGGCCAGCUUUCUGCAACCAUGACGAAGAAAAACACAUUUGUGGGCACUCCCUUCUGGAUGGCGCCAGAGGUGAUUAAACAGUCCGGCUACGACCACAAGGCAGAUAUCUGGUCGUUAGGUAUCACGGCGCUCGAGCUUGCGAACGGAGAGCCUCCAUACGCCGAUAUUCAUCCCAUGAAAGUUCUGUUCCUAAUCCCCAAGAACCCUCCGCCUCGACUCGAGGGCAACUUCACGAAGGCUUUCAAAGACUUUAUUGAGUUAUGUCUCCAAAGAGAUCCCAAAGAGCGGCCCAGCGCCAAGGAGCUGCUACGUCACCCCUUCAUCCGCAAGGCGAAGAAGACUUCGUACCUGACGGAGCUCAUCGAGAGGCAUACUAGGUAUAUGGCUACGCACAAGGGCGAAGAGGAAGACCACAUGGAAGGACACGAGGAGAUUAUGGAGAGGCAGCCCGUAAACGAGGAUAUGUGGGACUUCGGUACCGUUCGGCUGGUUAACGAUCGGGGCAACGUCGUUCACAGGCCUAGUCUGAAUCCCAUGGACGAUUCAGCCACGAACGCGCGUGCCUCUUCGCGACCUUAUGAGCCUCAGGAUCAUCAUUAUGGAGAGCAGAAUGCGGGCCCGGCGAAGGUACGGGACUUUGGACUCGGCCCUACCGUUUCAGAUACUCUCAAGGCAGCCGGGAGUGGAACGUCCCGGCAAACCUCUCCCCAGAGGAAACCCCUCCCUACCGAAACGCCUCCAUCGCCCAUUAGGGUACCCCUUCCCGCCUCACCAGAGAGAAGACGCGACGACACGUCUAGGCGGGUUGUUAAGCCCAUGCCACCAAUUCCUCUUGACCAGUCGGCGGAUUACGACCACCUGCUACAGCAACAACUCCAACGUGAUAUGGGAGUGCUGAGUCUAGCACCGGUUAUCCAGGCCUCGUCAGCCGGCUCCUCUUCGUCGGCGUACGCGUCGCUACAAAAUGGACCAGAGCUGCGACCCUCGUCAUCCAGCUCGCGCGUAGGUCCUAUUGACCUACCAGAGAUACCCCCCUACAGAGGCGGCAGUGCCGCCUAUCAACAACAGAAUCCAUCUCAGCAUAGAUUGCCCAAUCAAGCACCUCAAACUCAGCUGCGCCAAGUCUCUGGCCAAGCUUCCGCGCUUCCACUCCCUCCGAAGCACGCCCAACAACAUUAUCAGCCCGUACAGGUACCGACCCAACCCCCCGGCCUCCUGUCCAAGGCCCAGCCCCCGAGCGUGGCGGAAUCCAGCGCCGCGCUUCUGUCGUCAUUCCCCUCCCCGGCGCCCGCCAACCCUGACGGCGACCUCGACGCUCUCAAUGACGUCAUCUUCCCUGCGUUGGAAGAGGCCUUGAAGAGGAGGCAGAUCCGCCUGCAGACCGUGUGCCGAACUGCUCCGGGAGCGGCGCCUACACCUCGACAGCAACGCGCAGAGGCGGCGCACGAGAGGAUCAGACACCUUGUGUAUAAGCUGGCCCACGUCUGUAAGGAGAUCGACCACUAUGACAAGGCUGAGCCGGUGGGUAUGGGUAGGGACGUGGGCAUGUUCCUCGAGGGUCUUCUCGAGGAGAUUCUUGUGAGAGUGGAACCAUUUGAUGAAACUGAGGUGUAA